AUCAGCAUACUGGAAUCGACUAAAAAUAUCGAUAAGAGAACACCGCAUCCGUAGAAAUAGAAGAACCGUUGUAAUGUAUAAUGUUUUGAGUGUAUUUUUCUCUCAUGUGAACAUUAAAAUAAAGAAAUUAUAAUGAUAAGUGAGCUUUCGUGAUUUGCAAUUCGGAAACCGAUUAUCAGAAUCAGUGAUGCGAAUCACACACACACAAUCAUAUUUAUUGUGAAUAGGAAAUAUGGAUCAAUACAACCUUGCAACUUGCAUUAUCCGUUACGAGGAUAGGUUACGACCGUAUAGAGUAAUGCUAUGUUCACAUUUGGCCAGUACAGUUGGAAUGUCGCGCAGGUUGGACAUGGAUUGCUCGGACUCAUUGGUGCUAGUUAGUAUUCAAACUACGCCAGUCAAAAGGACAGUCAAGUGACAGUGACAGAGUGACAGUCAAGGCUAAGUGUAAACCAGGCAUAAAAUGUGAUGACAUUGACAUGCAGUUUGCAGUGCCAGAAGAUAAGUGUUUUAUAGGUAUUUCAUACUUGAAAGUGUUAUUUUCUCUUUGCAUUUCUUUGUUUCUAUUAACUUUAUAGUUCAGUGUUUCUUGCUUAAGUUUAGAAAAGGUAGGAAAGUUUUCAAAUGAGAAAUUAUCCUAAAUAUUAAAACAUGUCGAGAUUAGACAAUAUCGAUGCCUUAGAUAGGCAAUUAGCUGACUUACAAAUGAGUAACACACCAGGGAAAGUUAAGAAGAUACCACCAGCUGUGCCGCCAAAAAAGAAGGCGCAACCGCAAGUUCCACAUAGUGCCGUAGUGAAUACACUGCGUGAACCUUCUUAUUCUACAAAAAUCUCACCUGUUUUAAAUAAUAAUGCCCCGACAUACAGUAACAUAUUUUCCUCUAACGUGAGACCGCCGAAUAAAGAUUACGCAAACGUGAAUCAUCAAUCUUCAUACAAGGCAAAUGCACAAGUGAAAAGCAACAUUCCAACAUACAGUAAUGUCCCUGGUUAUACAAGUAGUCUGAACAAACCACUGCCUCCCCCUCCGCCGCCGCUACCACCACCACAUUUAUCAAAACCUAUCUUGUAUACAACACCAGCCUUUGAGAAUAACACUGAAGAGUAUUUACCUCCACCAUCUCCGGUGAGUUCUAACUACAGUGAAUUAAUGAGGGCAACAGCUAACCUUAACUAUAACCAGGAGAGGCCUUCAUACCCUCCUAUAUACCAAAAUGAAUAUCCAGAAUAUGGAGUGUCUCAGGCUUCAACUUAUGAAUCACUAUAUGAGCCUAUAAAUCUUCAUACUCAAGGAAGAGUCAGUAACACACCAAUAUCAAAAACUAAGUCUCCUUUACCGAAAGAGGAAGAAGUUGAUGCACUAACUAAUCUUCUUGUGCAAUCCAUUUCUGAUAGUCAAGAUUUAGAUAUUUUUGGUAUUUGCAUUAAGUGUGAUGAGAAAGUGGUCGGUGAAAGCUCUGGAUGCACAGCAAUGGGUAAUAUGUAUCAUGUAAAAUGCUUUUGUUGUCAUCAAUGCAACACUAAUUUACAAGGAAAGCCUUUUUAUGCAGUGGAAGGCAAGCCAUACUGUGAAGCAGAUUACUAUGAGACAUUGGAAAAAUGCUCCGUUUGCAACAAGCCUAUUCUUGAUAGAAUUCUAAGAGCUACGGGUAAACCAUACCAUCCAACAUGUUUUACAUGUGUGGUGUGUGGUAAAAGUCUUGAUGGAAUACCAUUUACAGUUGAUGCCACCAAUCAGAUACAUUGCAUUGAAGAUUUCCAAUUGAAAUUUGCUCCUCGUUGCUGCGUUUGUGAAUUGCCAAUCAUGCCAGAAGAAGGAGAGGAGGAGACUGUACGAGUUGUUGCAUUGGACCGCAGUUUCCAUGUUCGUUGCUACAGAUGUGAGGACUGUGGUCUGAUGUUGUCUUCUGAGGCAAAGGGCCAUGGCUGCUAUCCUCUUGAUGGGCACAUUCUAUGCAAAACAUGCAAUGCUCAUCGCAUCCGUCAUCUGACAAAAGUAAUGACUACAGACCUUUAAUUGCAUAUUAAUUCAUUUUUAAAAACAUAUAACAUUUACAUAUAUGCGUAUGACUUUUAUGAUUAUUUUAUUACAUAUGAUAUUCUUUAUCAUAUUAUUAUAUGCAAGCAUAUUAUUCACUUAGUUUUGUAAGAAAUAUUUAUUUACAAGUAACAAUAUAAUAAACUGUAUUGCUAAUAAAUAGCUAUAUGAAGACAUUAUUUUUUGAGAUAUUUACAAUGUAUACAACUUGAGUAUAGAAUCAAGCCAUAUUAAAAUACUACUGUGAAAAUAAUUGUUCCUAUGAGGUAAUUUGAAAUUUUAGCUUUUUGUGUCCUUAAGACUGAAAUUAUAUGAAAAGCAUAAAUCAACUGUUCUUAUCCCAAGAUGGCAACUAAAAUAUGUGAUUGAUUUACAAAAGUGUUUAAGUGCAUUAUGAAUGCGGUAAUUUAAGAGCCUUAUAUUUGUAUAUGUAGAAACAAAACAUGGCUGUUGUGUUAAUUUAUUUUUUAAUAAAUAUUUAUAAUAAAAUGCA